UGAAAGGUGGAGUGUUCUUAACCUGAGGCCUUAACCUUUUAAACUUCUGCUAACACAUUGAGGGACAUGAAAUGCGCAUCCUGUGGGGCGUGAUCACUGCCUGAAAACACGACCAGCGUGGAGUUAUUUCUGGAGCUGGAAGGUUUAAAGAAGAGCAGAAGCAUCGGUGUUGUUUCAGGGAGGAGCGGUUAGCCAAGAGCAGCUUGCAGAACAAUAAAGGAGGUGUUUGAUGAGUCUGUGCGUGGAGCAGCCAUCGCCAUCAGCAGCUGUUGGGACUGAGCCCACGGCACACUGUGUCUUUUAUAGCUCCUCUCUGUGGCUUUGCUUUUUAUUUCCUUCGGCUUGUAGCCCUUCUCUAAAACUUAGAUAUUUUAAUUGUGACGGACCCCCCCUCCCUCUCUCUCUCUCUCUCCAUCGCAUCAUCCUCCACGUGAUGCGCAGCAGCUGCUGGUGAGAGAGGCGGACAGAAACAGUGUGGCUGCGGCUCUGAACGCACCGGAGGAGCGCCGCUGUCGCACCGCGGAUAUUACCACGCGUAUCCCUCCCAGCUGGAUCCUGGCUUGACUUUAUUUGCUUUUAUUUGAUUUUUUUUUUUUUAUUGUAUCACCUUAUUAGUCCAUUCUCAAUCCUCUCUCCCUUUUUCCAUAGUUCAGCAUCCUCUCCUCCUUAGGUCCUCCAGUCUCCAACUUUUUCCAUCCCACUCACCCUCCUCCAUCCUUCCCCCCCAGUUCCCCAGUGCUGGAUCGGCUGUUGGUUUGGUCUCUAAUAUCUUCCCUCGGAUCGGAUCGGCUCAGUUUACCGGGCCACUGCUUCAUGGGGCGCACCGUCUCGCGCGGAACAUGCUCCGCCGUCGGGCUCUAGGCGCCCCGCUGAACCUGUCGGGAUCAGAGCUGCCGCGCGCCGUUUCCCCGCCUCGCCCGUGCUGCGGCCGGGGCCACUGAGAGAGAGAGAGAUGGGUCCGACCGUGGCUGCACAUGCUCGGGGAGGCACAGCCGCGCCUCUUACGGGAGGCUGGAUCCGGAUCACCAUCCUUUCCUUUCUCGCUACUUUACCUGUGGAGCAGCUGCGCGCCUUCCCGUCCUCCCUCAGCGACUGUCAGACACCGACCGGCUGGAACUGCUCCGAUUUUGAUGACCGGGACACGGACCUGUUCUUGUGCGACACCAAUACCUGCAAGUUUGAUGGGGAGUGCCUAAGAAUUGGGAAUAUGGUGACGUGCAUUUGUGACUUUAAG